AUUUUUCUAGUUAGACCACGGUUGAACUGGUUGGACCAGUGAACCAAUAAUUAAAACGGUUCGAUAACCUGUCCAGUUUUUAAAACCUUGAUCUUAACUCAAUUAAGUGGUCUAGCCAGAUUAUUUUUUUUUUGUUUAAGAUUUGAUUAGGCCGAAAUGAUGCGUAGAUAAUGUGUGGCCCUUAAGGGGGAGAGCAAUUUUACCUAAUUAGAAUUUAGAUCAAAGCUCUAGAUUAUUAGCUUAAAAUCAUACCUUUAAACUCCAAAUAAUUGACCAAAGAUAAAAUUUAUCUAUUAUCUCUCUAAUGGAACCUUUAAAUUUUCAGCAGAUUAAAUUAGAUGACCAGACAGUGUAAACAUUUUAAAAUCAACUUUAAAUUAAAAAAUUAUCUAAUAAACUGUGAUUCUUACACCAGAACCGGCUGACUGAACCGGGCCGGCCUGGUUGAGAACAAUUACGUAGUCUGGUAGGGCGGUAGGGUUUAUGGCUUUAUGCCACAGCAUGCCAGCCGUCCUUCUUCCCCUUCUUUCUUACUUCAUUGGCAGCUCUCCUCCGGCCUCCACCAACUUUCCAGCUUCUCAUUUGAGUUAUCUCCUUCGCUGCUCGACUACUUCAUAGCUCCAUCGCAGCUUCACAUCUCCGCCUCCUAAGUUCUGUUGUUGUCUCCCUGUCGGGGUUCCAUUGCUCUCUCUUGCUGCUCUCUCACUGGUAUCCCCUCUUGCUCUUGACGCUGCCCUGCCUGCAGGUGAAUUUUCCCAUGUUAUGGAAUAGUUGCUGUUGGAGAUUUCGAGGUUCCAGACUUUGGCGUAGGAUUAAAUGCUUGGGAUUUCGCCAUCUUAAUUUUUUUUAGUUUAGGCAUCAUCUUCCAGACCCGAUAUAAACCCGAUCUAGACCUGGUCUUAUUGUGAUCUGAAAAGGAUGAGAUUUGUUCGGCUAUUGGUAAGAAUCUAAAAAAUUGGUCCAGUCAAAAUUUAGGGCUGGGUCUGGAUCAUAGUGCAUACAUUCUGGUAUGAGAACGGGUAGGCCUAUGUGGUACACCACACGUAACAUAUUUUGUGAAAAGUAUACUUAUGGAAUUUCGUUAAAUAUGAUAUUUUUAGAUAACUGGAAACAUUAGGGUUGUAGGCAACAUGAAUCUAAACAGUUUUGGGACUGUUUGGUGAAUAUCAAGACAUAGAGCACCGGUUCAUUUUGUAAAUGUUUUUAUGGGACCAUAUAUCUAAAGUCUAAACCCCUUUUUCCUUUUCUUCCCUUCUUGUUCUAUAGCCCAAACGAGCAUCCCUGAUGCUCCUGCCACUGCUUGCCACCACUGUUGCUGUUUUUCAGUUUUUAAACCUUUCACUGUUUCACUCUUGUUCCCAAGGAUGGUUACUGAAGGAACUGAAGGACCUAAAUUUUCAGCAGAUAUGGCAACUCGCAAAAUUAAUGUGCAGAAGUUUGCAGAAUCUAGAGCCUAUGAGCUUGAGAGUCUUCAAUCUGUUAUAGCUGACAGAAUAAAGGGUGAUUAUAGGAGUCAAAGAAACAAGAGAAGACGAACGAGUUCUUUUAAUAGCAAAGCUGGGACAAGGAGAAAGAGGCAAAAGCUGGGAACAGGACAUAAUAAAACUUGUGGUGUUGAAUUACUUUUAGGAAAGGAUGAGAUAAAGAAGCUUCCAAGUCGGCGCAUGUGCCGGAGAUAUGAACUUAAGAUGAACUUUGAUAGUGGGUUUUCUACUUCUGGCGAUGGAAUCAAGAGGCUCAGAACUCAUGUUUGGCAUACUAAGCGGUUUACCAUGACAAAACUCUGGGGCUACUACCUUCCUCUAGCACUUCAAGGAAGAGGAAAAGGUUCAAGGGCAGUCCUGAAAAGGCACAAACGAGGGGUGGUUGUGCAUGAUGCAAGCUAUUGCACUGCUGUCCAAGUGGAAGGUCCUGAGGACUCAUUAGCUUCUAUAUUAAGAAUGGUACUAGUGCCCUUCCGGGAAACAUCUUCUCAAGAUUUGGAUGAAUCAGUAUGGGGUACCACUUGUGGAAUGGCAAUGCUAUAUCAAGUCGAAGCACCAGUUUCUCAGCCAAUUGGCCCUGUGACCUAUAUGUGGCGGCCAACAUUCCAACAAAAUAUUAGUAGAGAGCAUGAUAUCAGUGAUGAAUUAAUGAAACAUGAUGUUGAUUCAGCUGAAAGCCCAGAUAGAAUGAAACACGGUGCUUCAUUUAGACAGCUUUGGGUGUGGAUACAUGCUUCUGCCUUUGAAGAAGGAUAUGAUAGUCUAAAAUUUGCAUGUCAGAAAGAGAUGGAAAAGACAGGCAUCUCAAUUAAUUGCUUUUCGCUUGAGGGUGAACUUGCAAAGUUGGAGGUAAUCGGAUCAGGAGCGAUUCAAAUUCUUCAAAAGAUGUUGCAUCCUGUUACAAGUAUUUCAGAUAAUCAUUGUCCAUGGGAACAUGUGCCUACACAAGACAGCGUUUCUCAGAAGACAAGUUCAUCCAUAUCAGACAAUAAGGAUAAGUUUUCUUCUGUUGCAAUUUUGUCACUUAAUGUUAAGGAUCCUCGACAAUUGUGUGGGAAAGGAACCAUUUCAUCAGUGGAGCCAAGUUCUGCUGAGGUAGUUAAUGGCGCACAAGAAACUAUUCAUGAAGAGUUGGAGAAGACUAGUGAAUUGGCUUCAUCCACAUGGUCCAAAAUAGAAAACAAGCAGUAUCAUAAUAAUGAUCUCUGGUAUGCUAAAUCUAGACGGUUGAGGACCCCAUUGGCAGAGAGUGUGAUUUGUAAUGAGAAACACCACAAACGUUUGCACAUUACUGCCUGGAUGAUGUAGAUUCCAGGGAGGCAAACUCUUUGACAGAGGAGCAAUGCUCAAGAUCUUGCCCUAUUUUGCUUGUAAAACAUAAUAGGAAGGAAUUAUUUAGAGGGUAACUUCUUUAGUCCUUUUUUUGACUUGUGAUUAUGCAUUCUGAUGCUUCUUGUCAACUAUCAGGUAUUACCAGUAUUCUCUAAACUCUUACCUGAUAUUUGUGAUAACUGCUUUAAGAUAUAUAAGUAGGGGAAAAAUAAAAAGGUAUCAUAAAUUAAAUGUCAGUGGCAACACACUAAUAAAAUACUAACUGUAUCUGGUUAUCUUCUAGGUGUUCUAUCAUACUUCCCUUAAGUUGGGUUAAGGCCUUCUGGAUUCCACUCAUCUCCUAUGAAGCACAUGCAAUCGGUUUGCAAGAGAUGCAUUGGAUUGCACAUGAAAUGGGAUUGCCAGCUUUCCCUUCUGAUUUCCCAGAUUGUAAGGCAUACUCAUGCUGCAUGUCAGCUAAAGCUGCUGCAUUUGAUAAAAAAGCCAAGUUACAUCCUCCAUCCAAAAGGCCUAUGAGAGUUCCCAUCUUACCUCCAUGGGGUAUUAUUCAUAGUACUCUCAACAGAAAAAUUAAUGCAGUAGAAACUACUGAUGUUUCAACAUUGGAAGAUUUAACUGAUCCAAAUUCAUUGCCAAAAAAGAUUGACUCUGAGAAUAGCUUGUUUGAUGGAACUGUGGCAAGGACAGGUUCUGUGCUGACUAAUUUCCUUAAUGAAACCAAAGGUGGCCAAUUGUCAUUGUUUCCAUAUGCUGCGGAUGGAGAUGAGAAAAUCGCCAAGUUUAUAAAGGGUGAAGUAAACAUUAAUCCGAGCUGCCAAAACUGUUAUUUCUGACCAUAGGUUAUGUUUCCUAAGAGUUCAUCUUCGCCCUUUCAAGAAAGGCCUUUUUGAAGAGGGAGCAGUUAUUUGUGCACCACACCCAUCUGAUACAUAUUUAUUGACUUCAUGCAUUGAGAAAAGUGAAGGACUUCAACUGCCACAAUCUGCUUUAAAAUCAUACUUCAAAGAGGAGCAUUCCUCCAAAAGAUGGGAAAUGCAUGUACCAGAUGAUUCAAAUGCCAAAGAAUAUCAUCGGUGGCCUAUCGGCUCCAUCCUAUUAUUCUCUUAAGGCUAUGUUUGGAUCGUUGUUAUUAAGGGGAAUGGAAUGGAGCCAAAAAGAAUUUGAUGGGCUGCCAUGGUUUGGAUUAAUAAUGUUAUGAUGGAAUGGAAAGGUUAGUAAUGGAAUCGAUUCCAUCCUAUUCCAUUAAAGGCUUCAUUUGUGGUUCUUCCCAAUUCCGGCGGUUUAUGAUGGAAUGAUGUUUUAUGCAAACAAUGGAGUGGAAUUUAAACAUUAUUCCUUUGGCUCCAUUGCAUUCCGCUCUUACAUACCAUCAAUCCAUACCUAGCUUAUGAUUGUGUUUGGCAAGUGUUUAAAGACGAAGUAGAAGUUUCUGUCCCUAUUCUAUCCCAAAUUUUGAGUGGACAGAAAACUGGGCAGACUCUGUCCAAUGACCUACAUUUUGUUUGUCUCCUUCAAAUAUUUUUUGUUUCCGAAUGUCGCUGUAUUUAUGAGCCAGUUAUCAAAUGGGGCCUAAUAUUCUUGAGUAUAGAAUAAAGCUGCUUACUGGGUUCUAUGUCAUUGCAGCAAGAGGCUAGUAGCAGGGGGAUUUUGUGAGGCAGUUUUACUUGCUAAUUUAAGAGAGGAGCAGUGGAAAGAGAUGCGGCUAAGCGGAGGAAGAAGGAUAUUUACGUGCUUGUCAGGAAUUUAAGAUCUGUGGCAUAUCGACUUGCUCUUGCCUCUGUUGUACUGGAGUAUCAGGAGAAUGACACUAAGUUCAUGUAAACUGUCAGUAAGCUUAUGCAACAUCGAAGAAUAUAACUUCUCUACAUUUGAGCCCUUUUGAAGUAUUGAGGAUUGUUGGUGAUAUGAUAUGAAUAGAAAAAGUAAACUACAAUUUUUACCUA